UCCGACUCGCGCUAGCGUCUUGCUUGAUGCCCAACGUCUUGGCGUCCCUUGGCCUCUGCUCGGCGGUCAAGCCGUACUCGUACUCGCUGGCCAAGGUCCAAUUCCCGCACCUCAAGAAUGCGAUCGAGGUGGUCGAAACCCAGCCGAUUGCUACGUGGUACACGGACCGCGACCCCGACUCGAAGCACCAAGCAGCGCUUGCGGUUGGCAACUGCCCCAAGGGUAGCCGCCCGACCAUUGUCGUGUACGGUCUCCCCAACAAGGAUUGUCAGGACCACCAAUCGACCGACGGCGCCAACAAGACGCCAGAGCAGUACGCUCAGUUCUUGACGGACCUCACCACGACGGUCGGUGACAACAACGUCGUGUACAUCCUCGAGCCGGACGCAGUCGGUCUCCUCGUCGGAGGCUCAGCGUGUGCGACGACGUUCGAGUACGAGCGCAACCUCAUCAACGCCGUCUCGCUCCUCGGCCGCAACCCGCGCGCCGACAUUUACGUUGACAUUGGGUUCUGGGUGCUGGGCAAGGCCAACGACGGAAAGAUCGCGCGCGUGCUCUCGACGCUGGACCCGACGGGCACCCGCCUCAAAGGCAUCUCGAUCAACACGUCCAACUUCCGCACCACGGCCGAGCUUGUCAACAUGUGCGGCAACUUUUCGGCGACGGCGAUGGCGACUGCGAACCGAACGGUCACGUGCGUGCUCGAUGUCUCGCGCAACUUUGCGGGACCGGACCCGAUGAGUCAGUGGUGCAACCCGAAGGGUCGGGGCAUUGGCCGCCCGCCGACCAUUACGUCGGGCGAGCGCCUCGUCGACUACAUGCUCUGGAUCAAACCGCCGGGCGAGAGCGAUGGCAACUGCAACGGCGGCCCGACCGCGGGCGCAUUCUUCCUCGACGGCUUUGUGGAGCUCUGGAACAACGGCUACUUUGUGCAAGUCAAGGGCAUGCAAAAGGUGUCGGCCAUUGCGCCGUAGAGACCUCGACAGCAGUUGGC